GAAAAAUACGAGGUUUAAAAGUUAGAAGAAGUCAAAAUCACCAUCGAAUAAGACUUUGCCGUAACCGUGAUGAUAAUGGUUCCGUUUAUGUUUCAAAUUCGGCUCUGAAGAAGAGGAUUAAACACUUCACCAUUAUAUAAAGCGUAUCAAUCUUCACCAUUAUAUAAAGCGUAUCAAGCACGUAGAAAGGAAGUAUAAUUUUUGAGGGUGUUAAACUUUAGAAUAUAUAUACUGUAUAUAUAAUCUUGCAACAUAAUGGAUUUUCCCAUAUUCCGAUUAUUUCGUUUUGUUAUCGUCGCAGCUUUCGUCUUCCACGGCUUGUGUUAUUCCGAAAAAGCUGGUCAUUAUGGCUUCAUGAAAGAUGCAACAUCAGCACCAAAGUUAUCUCACUUCGACUACAUAGUCAUCGGAGGAGGAACCGCGGGAUGUUCAAUAGCCGCAACGCUCUCGCAAAACGCUACCGUUCUAGUUCUCGAACGCGGUGGGUCCCCUUACGACAACCCGACGGCGACAGACAUCGGGAACUUAGCCAACACACUCUUGGACACAACACCAAACUCGUGGUCGCAGCUUUUCAUCUCCGAAGACGGCGUUCUCAACGCACGCGCGCGAGUGCUUGGAGGAGGAACGGUGCUAAACGCGGGGUUUUACUCGCGUGCCGAAUAUAGUUUCGUGGAGAACUCCGGCUGGAAGAGAGAAGAGGUCGAAGCGGCUUACGAGUGGGUCGAGAAGAAACUGGUGUUCGAACCAGAGGUUAAGGGAUGGCAAUCGGCGUUUAUAAACGGGCUUUUGGAAGCCGGAGUGGUUCCCUUCAAUGGUUUCACGUACGAACAUUUAUAUGGGACGAAGAUAGGCGGCACGAUAUUUGACCGGGAUGGUCAUAGACACUCGGCAGCGAACUUGUUGGAGUAUGCUGAUCCGAAUAUGAUUACUGUCUACUUGCAAGCCUCUGUUCAAAAGAUCCUCUUCACCACCAAAGGAAAUAUGAGGCCCAAGGCAAACGGGGUGAUAUUCCGAGAUGCCAAUGGAGUGUUACACACGGCAAAACUAGCGGCAGAUAACUCACUGAACGAAGUGAUUUUAUCAGCCGGUGCCAUCGCAAGCCCGCAGCUACUGAUGCUGAGUGGUGUUGGCCCUGAGGCUCAUCUUGCAGACCGUGGGGUGAAUCCGAUCGUCUUAGAUAACCCCAUGGUAGGACAAGGAAUGGGUGACAACCCCAUGAACCCUGUCUUCGUUCCUUCUCCUGAACCUGUAGAAGUGGCCUUUGCACAAUCCGCUGGUAUCCCUCAUAAUUUUAGUUGUUACAUUGAAGGUGUAAGUGGGAUAAGUUUCUCUAGUAAUUUGACCAAUAGCUACUUCGAUGGUGUUAUAAAUCUUCUUAAUGAGUUAAACAUCCCCACCGAAAACAUCUCUAGCCUUAUAAAAUCUUUGGUUCCUCCAUUUGAUGUGAUAACACAAGCGGGUGCGAUGUUUCAGAAAGUUGAUGGACCGAUCUCGAGGGGUCAUUUGGAGCUUCGGAACACGAAUCCAGAUGAUAACCCUUCGGUGACAUUCAACUACUACCAAGAACAAGAGGAUUUGGAUAACUGUGUUGAAGGACUUAGUGCUAUAAUUAAGCUGAUAGAAUCAAAGGGAUUCUCCAAGUACAAGUACCCUGGAGUGUCCGCACGUGGAUUGCUGGAUCUCAUUCUUGCCCUUCCCGUCAAUCUGAAGCCAAAGCACAUAGAAUCAUUAUUUGAUUUGAAGCAGUUUUGUAAAGAUACGGUGAUGACUAUCUAUCACUACCAUGGAGGUUGUCAAGUCGGAAAAGUGGUCGACAAUGAUCUCAAAGUAUUAGGGAUUGAUGCUUUGAGGGUCAUCGAUGCAUCCACAUUUCUCAAGACCCCCGGGACUAAUCCUCAAGCCACCAUCAUGAUGCUCGGAAGGUAUAUGGGGCAGAAGAUUCUUCGAGAGAGAGCUGAUUUUCUGGAAACUGAUCACGAAGAGUUAUAAUAUUUUAAAAAUGCUCAAAAUAAUAUCUUGUUAUUGAGGAUUGUUGCUUGUUCUUAUGAAAGAUUGAGAAGAAUCCUCUUCAUCGUUCAAAGUGAGUAAACUCUCAAGGCAGGAUCAAUUUAGUGUUAUAUGUAUGACGUAUUUCAUGAUCUCGCAUGUGACUUUUCUCUUAUACAAAAUUUUAAUGUAUGCGUAACUGUUGGAUACAGAAUCACGAAAGUAAUAAGAUUUAGCUCUUUUGUUAAUCAGUCUCACACUCAUAAUUUGUUGUACAUGGCAAACUGGUGGCUGGU